AUGUUGGCCAAAGGGUUAAGACGCCUCGUCCUCAUAACUGGACUACUAAUCUUCGUUGCCUGUGCUUUCAUGGUCGUUUACGGAUAUGAUUUCGUAACACUGCCGCUGCUGCGAAACGGUUUUAUGAAAAAUGAGCCCAGCACGGCCGGGAAUGACAUAUCCGAGACGCAUCACGAAGUCUUCUCGGUUUCGACGCCGGACAGAAAGUAUUUUUGGAUCGAAUUUGGCGAAGACGCUGCUAUGAAUCCCAACAUAUUACCACACCCGACACUGCACGACACAUGGAUCAUUGUCGCUCAAGAAGUAAAGGGUUCGGCGACAGCGCCGUCAUGGUUUACCGAGUUGGUUUGUGAAGCGAGAUUCAAGAAAGGCAGGCUGGCGUGUAUCAAGCCGCCGAAAAUAUUACCUAUAGCAGCAACGACGGGUGACAAGUGUGUCGGUGACUUGUCAUACUUUGGCCUGAAUAUUGGACCUCACGACGCAAGGGUCUUUUACGGACCAAAAUCGCCGUAUGUCAUAUAUGGGUCAAAUUCUGUCUAUACGUGCUUUGGGCAAUGGAUCCAAGAUUUCAGAAUGCUCGUUGGCUGGCCUUCGGAAAUCAUUGAGGGAACUCAAUACCGAAUGGCGACUGAACUUCGGAGGCCGGCGCCAUUUGGCCCAGUCGAGAAGAAUUGGUUCAUAUUCUGGGACAAGGAUGGUGAUGCUUACGUUCAUUACGACAUCUUUCCGAAUCGAGUGUUCGCUAAACUAGAAGAGGAUGGAUCUGUGGGUGAAAACCUGGCGCCUCUGGCCAUGUUCAACGACCAGCAGUGCAUGAACAUGCACAUGCCCAGAGUCGCUGAGCAAUUAGAGUCGAUUCACCAGGCGACCAACUCCCUUUCAAUCACCCUUUGUGAACGAUCGGAUUUGAGCUGCGAACCCAAUGACUCGAAUACAUAUAUCCUGACCAUCUUCCAGCACAAAAGUUUCUAUUCCUUCCACAGCGAGUACGAACCCUAUGUCAUGCUGUUUGAGCAAACGGCUCCUUUUGGGAUUUACGGCAUCUCUUCCAAACCGAUCUGGAUCCAUGGCCGCAAAGCCGGUGAGGCCGUAAGACCAGAUGGCCUAGAGCUCGAAGCAUUGGACGCAUGGAAUCAAUCAGAGAUGUUUUACGUGACCUCGAUAAGCUGGAAGUCGCACGGACAGGAGUAUCAUGGAUACAGCAACGACGUCUUGUUUAUCAACUUUGGGAUUGAAGACGCACAGUCCGGCGGAAUCGAUGUCGUAGCUGGCGAUUUACUGGAAGGCCUUAAACUAUGUUCUUCAGUCUGA